CUCUCUCUCUCUCUCUCUCUCUCUCUGUCUGUCUUCCUCCCUGAUAGUGAUACUGUGAGCUGUCACUUGUCAGUAAACGUGUGUGAGUAAUGAAGACGCCAGUGAUCUAUGCCUGUACUGCUGAAUAAGAGAUGGCGGGUGUUUUCUGGAUGCUCAUGGUUAUUUUCUGUUCUUUGGUUCUGUCUGAGAGUGGAGAUGAUGAUUGGUCUGAUAUAGAACCUGCAGAUCCUGAUGUGAGCUGCACAUCCACUUUGACCCUCAUAGAAAGUAUCCUCACAUGCUCGCUAAACGACGAACCCACUGAGGAGGUCAAACGCGUGGAACUCUGCAAAAUGAAAGGUGAAGAUGUUGAAAACAAUUGUACAGAUGCUAUUCCCGGACAACCAGACUUUACUUUUAAGAAUCUGAUCAAUGCAGCAAAAUACGUGCUAUGCAUAGGAGACAAUGGUUAUAAAAAAUACAUCGACCUGACAAAAAUGGUCAAAAUCCCAGCUCCUGAAAUAAAGCUUGCCUCUUACAAGAAAGACACAGAAGACGUUUUCAUAUGGUUUGAACACCGUCAUGAUUAUGUUCUUAGCCCUAAAUUCCAAGUGGAAAUCUGGAGGGACAAACUUGCAGACAAGCCUUUGUGUCUCAAUAUGGAUUAUAGGAACGUAAGUGUCAGCAAGGAGAGACUUGGUGGAGACGGUUUCUACUAUACACGUGUUAGAGCAAAACCUGCUGGGUAUUUUGAUGGCAACUGGAGCGAGUGGAGUUCAAAUGUCAGUUUUACUAUAAAAAGUUCUUCAUUUACUACGACAGAAAAGAAUUUCGACCUUCCAAAGGUCGGUUACAUCAUGACCUUUGUCGUUCUGAUGCUCAUCAUCGCUUUCGCGACCUUGCGAUGGAGAACACAAAUAAAAGACUACAUUACACCAAACAUCCCACACCCCAAGGCAACUCUUGCACAAAUGCACAGGGGCCUUCCUUUCACUUUCAGUCCUGAGAUAUUCAGCGACGUCUUCAUACACCGUGUGGAUUACGUAGAUGAAAAGCCAUGUGCUCCUGAGCCUCAGGACGACCUGGAUGAGCACUGCUACAGCCAAGCCAGUUCCUCAAGAGCAUCAGUGAGUGAAAUGGACAUGAAAGCAGACGAAUGCCUUCCAAAAGAGCAGUCCCACCUUAAAAUUAGACUGUUAGAUAAUUCAGAUUUGUCGAAAGACAGCGAAAAUGGCAGCUCUCAAAGCAUAACAUCCCCUCAGCGAGAAUGUAAAGACGAAGCAUAUGUCACAAUGUCCAGCCUCUUUAAAACACAAUGAAGAGACUGUCUUAAACCAAUUCAGGAAUUUACUGGAAGUUCACUGGAUUCUACAGACCCUACAGAAAGGGUUAACUGAGACUGCAUGAUGCAUUUAAUAACCCAUCAAGCCUGUUACUUAUAUACAGUAUGAGGAGCUUUGACAUGUCCCUAGUCAUGUCCGGUUUGUAGCUCUGAUGCUAACCAAGUUUGUACAUAUCUUAGCAGUCAUCCACAGGUUUCAUUUUCAGCCAAGCAAUGUGCACAGCUGUGGUCUCCAUUUUGGUAGCCAGUUUCCUUCUGAAUGUUUUAGAAACACAUGCAUUAAGAGUGAUAAGAAACAAAGAAAUACACAUUUCUGAAGUCAUCACGCAUAUACUCAGACCUCGUGUAACUGCUGCUAGCCUCAGUGUUCUUUAACAGACAUUUAUCCAUGUAUAUUUUCAUCCGUAAGUAAAGCUGAGAGGUUUUUGGUUCUGUUAACGUCACGCACAACUUUCAAACCUAAUACAUACAGUAAAGUGGCACUUUUUUAGGUUAGAGUUUUUAUUUAUAAUGAUCACAAGAAAUGUCUUCUGUUUAUAACUGCUUGCAAUUCUAAUUUUGUCAUGCAAUCAGCUGUAGCCUAUAUAUUAUUCUAUAUUAAACAGAUUUGUAAUAAAAGAAUGUAUAAAAAAACAUUA